AUGAGUUUCAAUCUACCUAAUCCUUGUCUUUUAGGUCUUCUAUUGGUAAUAUCCACUCAUAAUGGUCCCCAAUUGGUCUAUAAGUAUCCUCCUACAUUGAGUGAUAAUCCAAUUGAUAAUGAUCUCGAUGACGAUGAAUAUAAAGUUGAUGAUUUCUCCGAUGAAGAAAAUGAAGUACUCAAUGAAUGGGACUCUAAACAUUAUAAUUUCUAUAGUGGUACAAAGAAAGAUUUACUACUGUUCUUAGAUGAUCAGGAGAAGUUCAGGAAAUCCAAAAUGGGUCAUAAGUCAAAGAAAUCGGUUGAAUCUAUAAGUUUUGAUGAUAUGUUAAAGAAAACAGUUUCUGGAGUUUCUGAUCAAACUAAUAAUUCUAAAUCCAGUAUUCAAGUGGAUUCUUCAUCAGUGUUCGGUGUAGAGGAAGAUUAUCUUGUUGAAAUGUUGUGUCCACCUCGAGAAAUGUGUAAUUCAAGAUUUGAAAUCAAUAUCGAUGAUUUCAUUUAUAUGGGCUUACCUGUCCAUUGUAAUGAUAACGGUUCUUGGAAGAAGAAAAAUAAACUUGUAAGUAAUGAUGACACAAAGUUAGAUGAAUCUUUGGAUUCUCCCAAAAUUACUUCCAUGAAUAUGUUCCAUCUUGUGUUCAUUAUGAAUCCUCCAGUUAUUGAGAGUAAUUAUAGAAUUGAUGAAAUGUAUCAUUAUGUUGCUUCAAGAUUAUCUUUAGUGUUAAGGCAUGAACAACAGAAACACGAUUAUAUCUGGCAACAGGUGAAACUUAUAUCCAAGUUGAAACAAGAUUUCAAAAAUCAAUCAAACUUCAAUAAUCUUGAUUCUUUCUUAGGAGAGAAAUCUUCAUUAUGUAAGUUGAUUAUAGAUUGUUAUAAUUUCAUAAGUAAUUCCGAAAUUGCUAAUUUAUCCAUAAAUAAUAAGUUAAGAUCAUUUCAAAUCCCGGUCAAGACAGAAUUCCAUUCAUUGCCUCAACUGACAGUACCUUUUUUACCUGGAUCUCAUUUAUCUUCAACAGUAUCAUUAGUAGGGAAAACAGGAUUGAUCAAUGUAGGGGAAACAACCAGAUUUGGUAUGGAUAAUGCCAUGUCUAUGAUGAUGGGGAAUCUUGCUAAUCAAAAUAAUGAUAUAGGAGGUAUGGACAAACUUGAUGAAGAUGAUACUAAUUCAACAGCUGAUGAUAUAAUAUAUUUAGCACUUCUAUUACUUGAUGAUCCGGAAACUAUCAUAAAAGACAUCAAAGCUGAGUCGGAUUCUGUAUUGGCCAAUUUCAUCAGGAUGAUUAAGCCAACAGAAUCAUUAAUCAGAUUACAUUCCAAAUUGCAAAAUGAAACCAAUUCCUUGAUGUUGGACAUUGCACAAUUGAAAUCUUUCGCUUUCCAUUUGAUUUACUGGAGAAGAGCUAGAGUUAUACAUCCAUUGAACACUCGGUCAAUUUAUAUUGUGUCGCCAAUGGCACCUAUAACUAUCAAUAUGUAUAAUGACAUAUUAACAUUUAGCAAAACCUUCCCCAGUAUGCCAUCAUUAGCUCAGUUCUUGAAACUUUUAUCUUCACCUUCUAAGAAACCAAGACAAUUCAUGGCUAUCAUUCCUUCAAAAGAUCAUAAAGAUUUAUAUUUACAAGCAUUAAGUUGGUUAUUGAGACAUGGUUAUGUUACACAAUUACAUACAUUUAUAUGGUUGAAAGUAUCAAGAAAAGUGAAAAUGAAAGUUGAAGAAGAUAUGGAGAAUGAAAAUAACCAUAAGAAAUCCAAACCAAGAAUUUCUAAUAUCCAUGGCACUGAUAAUACUUCUAAAAAUACAAAGAACGGUAAUGUAAAUAAGCGAAUUAGUUCCAACCCAAGUUCUUAUGAAAGAGAUAUUGAUGAUAUAGCCAAUGGAAUUAAAGGCAUUAAUGGACCUGAGGUCAUUCUUGAAGAAGAUGAAGAUACUAUCAUUCUUGAUCCUGGUAGGGCCACGACGUUGGAAAGGAAAUGGAUUCAUAAAAUUGUUACUGAAGAAUGUAACUUAGCAUCAGAACUUGUGGUGAUAUUCUAUGAUAUUUUGAAGUAUAUGAAUGGUAAAACAUCUUUAGAGUUGUUAUUGUUAAGAGAAAAUAUCUCCAGAGAGGAUUUCCGAAGAUUAUUCUCCCAAAUAGAAGAUCAUAUCAUUUCAGUUCGUCAUUGGUAA